GUUUCUUCAUAAUUUAAAUUAAACAGAUAUAUUCAUCAUAAUGUGCUUUAAUUAAUGUCGUUUUUCAUCACACAACUUUGUUCGACCGAAUUUUCUCUAACAUCAAACUUUAAACAAGUUGUUGGAAAAUGAAACAUUCUGGAAAAUGAACUUUGUGAGCUUCGUAAAAAAACGUUUUAUAUAUUUAUUAACAACUUAAAAAUGAUAUCACUUGUCUGUACUGUACCGUAUUAUUCCUGGAUCGAAACGCUACAUACAUUUCUAUUUUGGUGCAGUUAAAAUGUCAAAAGUUUCCCUUGCUUCGUGCGUAAAUGAUAGAGCACAGACUGCAUGGUUGUAAAGUAUCUAGGAUCCACAUUCGUAUUUUGUAGUUUUAAUUCUCCUAUGCGUCUUCACAGCUCAGAAUAUUCUGUCUGAGGGCGAGAGAUUGUUAUUAUCAUGUCUUAGGGGGCCGCCAUACUUGCUAUACGAAACUAAAAGUCAAUACAUGUAUAAUUUAUGACGUAAAAAAUUCGAAUUCUUCAUUGAUAAAACUUAUUUUGAUUUAAAAUAUUGUAUUUUCAGUGAAAAGUUAUUCAGAUAGUGUUUGUAAUUUUUUUUUAAACAGAAAUCUUGGAAAUUCGAAACUAAGGUAUUUCUUAGCUCUACCGUACAUUUUUGAAUAGGCGCAAACUUGAAAACGCGCGAGACGUUGGAAAUGGGAAUUUGUAGUGUGGAAGAAUCAGUAUUUGUGAUCUGUUAUUUGCAUAGUCACUGUGCCGUUUUCGAAUUGCAUAAUUUUAUUUCGAUCGGGUUCAAUAUUCUGUUUAUACUAAUUAUGGUAGCCAUGCGGUUUGCCUGGCGUUUCGUUUUGGCUGUGAAGUUUGGUGAUGUUGGCCUCCCUAAGGAUUUUUCACCCUCUCACAAGGUGUGUCCAAUAAACAGUACAGUCACUGAUCUUUGUCAACUUUUAAAGAAAACAACAGAAUAUGAAGAAGGAAGACUAUAUAUAGGAUCGAUCUACUUCAUAACUGGAAAAAGAGAAGCAGUUCACAAAUGUUGAUGAGCAGAAGAGAAGAAACUCUGGCUGCACAAAUAUCUGAG